ACAGCUGAACAAUGAAGUGUUUUAUAAAAUUAAAUUGGACAAAUAAUAUUUAGAUUUGUGCGAGAAAGGUCCCCGUUUUUUGUUUUAUUAUUAUUUUAACAAUUGCCUGAAAUCAAUUUUCUAAUCUCCUUUGGUGUGGCCAUUUGUAUAUUGCCAUUUAAAUUAUUUGAUCAGACGUGUAAUGGAUAAACAAGACAGUGGGUAGUGGCUCUUCUAUGAAACGGAAGAAUUAAUAUUGCUACGUCGAAGGUUGUUAUUCCAAAACUAGAUAGAUAUCUAUUUUUCGGAUAAAAUCUGGUGGAAACUAAAUUGACAAAAAAAUAAUUGUGCUGUGACAUAUUCUGAUUCAAUAAACAUUUAAUUGAAGUGUACAAAAGCAAGUAUUUGACAAACUACAAACUACAAGUGUUUCUAUACAAAUUAAAAACAAUUGAGAAAAAUUUUUAAUGAAAAUAAAUUUAAUUUGGUUCAUUGGUACCUGUUGAUGUUUUGGUGGCAAUAUCCCUCGAACUGAAUGAAACUCUAACGCAUUUAAAUGUCCAAUCAAUCACAUCUAACGGUUACAAAGACAAAGAGAGAAGAAUUAAUUAGCCUCGGUUCGGACGAUUCAGGAAUAAUAUGUGGCCUGGAAGUCGACUCUGAUCUGUCGGAGAAAAAGUGUCAUCGAUCGCAGGAAAGUUUCGAUUCGGGUGGCGUCGAUGUCGAUGAAGAAUGUUCGGAAACGUCUGACAACCGAACUAUGAAUGAUGGAACCGUAACACCACCAACCGAGUUGGAUAUAAGUGAAACCGAACCAUCCACUGAAAUUGUGAUCCAUGCAACCGUCGAUGAUGGAAGUUCGAUACAGGAAGCUGUCACUCAUGAAUUAGAUGAGCCGCCAUCCCAAGAAGCAUCCGCGAAGAUAGAAACGAAUAUUAAACAGCAAAAGUCCGAUGCCGAUUCAAAACAAGACCCCGUAAAGAACGAAGUGAUAUUUAAGAGUAUUUUCGGAGCAACGAAGAAUGCAAUUUUUCGCACUGCUCAAAGUAUUAUCGACAAUCACGAGAAGAAAAAUGCUUCGAAACAAGUCAAGGGUGGAAGCAAUGAAGAAAUUUCGGUCAAGUCACCGGAAACAUCAAAGCGCAAAGAUUUCUUUUUAUUGAAACCAGCUUCCAGUAAAAAUAAGACCACAACGAUGUCAUCACCAGAACUGCUUACAGAAAGUGAUCAUAAGUCAAUGACUAAAUCUGCCUCGUCGUUAUCGCUAACACUGUCAGACAAUUUUAAGCUACCGGGUACAGUCAUGCUAGUUUCGAAACACAGAGAGGCAGAGUCGUUACAGCCGAGACCAGAAAAGGGUCACAACGGGCUAUUACGAUUUUUUGAGUCUCCAGUUUUCAAUAUUCACUUUGCCAUCCAUUAUCUGUUCUAUUCGAAGGAACCGGGAGUUCUGACGUUUAUCGGUAAUAAGUUAUUUAGUUUCAAGGACAAAGACGUUGAUCUGUACAUACCCCAAUUGAUAUUAAUGUACAUUCAAAUGGAUGAACUGGCUGAAGUGUUGGAUAUGUACCUGAUAUAUCGGUGUCGAAGAUCGGCUGAUUUUUCGUUAAAAAUUCUGUGGCUAAUGGAAGCCUUCAAUUAUAAUGCCGAAUUGAUGAGCUUCGAAAAAACACAUUUGUCGCUCUUAAGAGAAUUGUAUCCGAAGAAAAAUCGACGACAUCUCCGUAAUACGGAAAGUUUUCGCGAAAAUUCGAUUGUAUCGCCAAUCAAGAAAACACAUCAUAGAUCACAGUCCGAUGCUACCGGACUUUUCAGUGGUUCAUUGUCGUUACACACAAAAUUACAACAAACCCAAAUACGUCUGUGUUUGGGUGAUCUAUCUACAGGGAGGGCAUUUGACAACGGAUGCACUUGCUUCGAUACAGUUCGAGGUACUGUCAAUGGACUGUUAGGUCAAAAGACUGUAUGCUCUUGUGGGGCUGCGAAACUCGCUCCGCAACGGGAAUUUAUGAAGUCGUUAGUAGAAAUCGGCAAAAAUCUCACGUCCCUCCCAACCAAAGCUGAAAAGACGAGCAUACUUCGGAUGCGUUUGAAUUUAAUUAACAAAAACUUGCCCGCCCGCGUUUGGUUACCGUUGAAUUCAGACAUCCCACAUCAUGUGGUGCGAAUAACGGAGGAGAAAACUGCUGUCCUAAAUUCGAAGGACAAAACUCCGUACAUUAUUUACGUUGAAGUUGUUGAGGUUACAGACAUUUACACUUCGCCGGUGAUGCCUAAACUAAUGCCAAGUCUUCGUCACACAAAGAGUGAAGAAUAUCUGGAAUCAAAUGUUGAUGCUUCCAGUGAAAAUAGCAGCGAAGUGAAAAUUCAUAUUGACAAAGUUUCUGACGCAAUCAGCCUGGAAAAUGUUGUUCGUGAUUGGUCCGAUGACGAUGUGUGGUCGCAGGAAGAGGACGAAAUUACAGCGCAGUAUUUGAAUAUGCGUAAAAUAACUGAAAAAGAUUCGAUAUCGGAGCUGUCGUUAGAAUCGAUUGAUUCAAGGGAACAAGCUGCACCUACGUCAUUCAACAUCGGCGACGUACGCAUGCGGCAUUGUAUCAAUUUACAUUCGGAAGUUGCUAAGCCAUUUAGCAAUGAUCCGGAAGAUCCGUCCGCAGCUGCUUUGAAGGAGCCUUGGCACGAUAAGGAGCGGCAAAUUAGAGAGUCUUCUCCCUAUGGACAUCUUAUUAAUUGGAGGUUAUUAUCAGCUAUCGUUAAAUGUGGCGAUGAUUUACGUCAAGAAUUGAUGGCGACACAGCUACUAGAGACAUUCAAGUUAAUUUGGGAUGAAGAAAAUGUAGACGUCUGGGUGCGACCAUACAAAAUUGUUUGCUUUUCUAAUGACAGUGGACUGAUUGAACCGAUCCUGAACACAGUGUCUUUGCAUCAAAUCAAAAAGAAUUCCAACAAAAGUCUCCGAGAUUAUUUCAUUGACGAAUAUGGUAGCCCGGAAACCGAUAAUUUUCAAAAAGCUCAACGAAAUUUCAUGCAAAGCUGCGCUGCGUACUGCUUAAUUUCUUAUCUGCUUCAAGUCAAGGACAGACAUAAUGGAAAUAUUCUGUUACAUUCCGAUGGACAUCUGAUCCACAUUGAUUUUGGAUUCAUUUUAAGUAUUUCACCAAAGAAUUUGGGAUUCGAGCAAUCGCCUUUCAAGCUAACACCCGAAUUCGUUGAAGUGAUGGGUGCGCCAAGUUCUGCAUUGUGGUUGGAAUUUCAACAUUUAUUGCUAAAGGGAUUGAUGGCAGCACGUAAACAUAUGGAUCGAAUCAUAAACAUUGUAGAUAUCAUGCGAAAAAGUGCCCAGCUACCAUGUUUGAAGAGCGGUUCGUCUGGUACAAUAAACAAUCUGCGAAAUCGAUUCCAUAUGAAUUUGACUGAACCGGAAUUGGAGCGAAAAAUUGAGCAAUUGGUACAGGAUUCUCUGAAUUCACUAUCGACGAUACUGUACGAUGGUUAUCAAUAUUUGACGAACGGGAUCCUGUGAAUUGCUUGCGUGUACACCGUUAUUGUGUGUUUUUAAAAGAAAAUGUGAUGUUGUGUAAAAUUUGUUUUUUUUUUUUAAUUAAAGAAAAACUACUUUGUGAUAUUCAACGAAUAAUUUAAGUAAGAAAAUUGCUUCUGAUGCUUGA